ACAAAGUCGUUCGAGUCGUACCGAUCCAGUGCGUUUAAUAUUGUUUCCGAGGAACUUGUUCGAUGUGAGGAACAUAAUAUUCAUUUUUGUAACGGGUCUCCCUCAAAGUUUUGACGGAGAAACUGACGACCGAUCGUUAUCUCUGCGUGGUGUUUUGAACUCCGCCAUGUGUGGCCUGAGAGGACUGCAGCUGCGCUCGCAUCCCCAACAAAGAUAGGUGGGAAGACGCAUGAUGGGGAGGCAUGGACCCAAGUGUGACAGCGGGAAGCCAACAUGCCAGGGCCUAUGUCACAAGCAAUCAUUCAUCCGUUUGGCAUGGAUGCAAGGGCCAGGACUCUUAGGAUCCCAUUCCUUCUGCUUCAUACUGCCGUAGCAUCCUCCAGCCGCGGCCCGCUCCCUGGUGGAGUGUGUGUGUGAAAGUGAAUCCCACAGGCCGCCAUGGCUCACUCGUCAGAGCCGGCUUGCAGGGAGAAGACCCCCGGCCCCAAGGGAUCGCACACGGCUACGCGCAACCUUUUACGGAAGAAGGAGCAGCGUCGUCGAGGAAUCCGAUCCUCUUCACCCAUGGGCCGGGUCAUCCUCAUCAACUCCCCAGUGGAUGGUGGAGAUGACAGCGAGGACCUGCACACCAUCACAGUAGAUAAGAGCAUCGAUGGGAAGCUGGGCUUCAGCGUGCGUGGAGGUUCAGAACAUGGGCUCAGCAUCUUCGUCAGUAAGGUGGAGGACAACAGCACUGCAGAGGAGGCAGGUCUACAGGUGGGGGACAAGCUUGUGGAGGUGAAUGGGGUCAGUCUGGAGAGCAUCACCAUGAGCAGCGCGGUGAAGGUUCUGACAGGCAACAACAGGCUGAGAAUGGUGGUGAGACGGGUCGGCAAAGUUCCAGGGAUUCGCUAUUCCAAGGAGAAGACCACCUGGGUGGAUUUGAUACACAGACGCAUGGUGGUGGAGGAGAGUGGUCGCACUCCCUCUGAGGCCAGCUCAGGAAGUGCCCUCCAGAGAAUCGUCCACUUGUACACCACCUCAGACGACUACUGCCUGGGCUUCAACAUCCGCGGGGGGAAGGAGUUUGGCCUCGGCAUCUACGUGUCCAAACUGGAUCCUGGUGGUCUGGCAGAGCAGAAUGGAAUAAAGAUGGGAGACCAGAUUUUAGCUGCCAACGGAGUGAGCUUUGAUGACAUCAGUCACAGUAACGCAGUGGAGGUUCUGAAGAGUCACACGCAUGUCAUGCUGACUAUCAAGGAAGCAGGACGAUACCCUGCGUAUAAGGAGAUGGUUGCAGAAUACAGGUGGCUCAACAAGUUGGCCAAUGGGACCCAGAAGUCCUCCUCACAGGGCUCAGACUCCAACUCCUCCGCCUCCUCUCUGUCCUCUGGGACUCCAGUCAGCUCUCUGAGUGGCCUGUCUCAGGUCAUGUUCCCCCCCAGUCUGCCGUUUGACAUGGUGGACGUCUGCAUAUCCACUGAGGACCUGAGGUCUGAGUCCGAACAAACCGAGAUGGCCAUUCAGACGGACAUCCCGCCACAGAAGUCUGGUUUAGACACGACUCGUAGUCUUGGACCGACGACGCUGCUCAAAGACACUGUGAUUGGUGGGGAGGAGACCCGAGGAAAGAAAGAGUCGCCCAAGACGGCCGUGCUGCUGGCACUCAGCAGACCGAGCCGACCCAUCACCAGGUCAAUGAGCCAAGUCACCAUAGCGGAGAUCAAGCAGAAGAAGGAGAAGAAGAACAAAGAGAAGGCGCCGGAGGAGAAGAGCACUCUACAGCGCUCCAAGACUUUUGUCAACUUGUUAUUUAGAGGGGGGCGCAGGAAGGAUGGAUCCAGAGGACGCUCCAAGUCUCCGUCCAGAAACAAGACCAGCAAAGAGGGAAGCCAGAUGCCAAAUUCAGAGAUGCUGCGAGUGGUGGAGGACAUGAGCCACAGGCUUCUGACGGAGGACGAGGUGGCGCUGGUGAUGGCAACCUGUCGCAGGUAUGUCGCAGACCGCUCAGUGGAGACCCUGAUACACCACCUGCUGGACGUGUUGGACCGGCCUGAGAAACUUCUGCUGCUCAGAGAAAUCAGGGUUCUGCUUCCUCCUUCUGACCUGGAAGUCUUCAACAACAAGGUGAAACCCAUCGAGGCAGAAGCUUACGAGCUCCUCAAGUAUCGCUCAGUACGAACCCCUCCUCUUCGCUCUCCAAUGACCACGCGAGUCCCCAAACGACGACUGAUCACUCCUAUCCCAGACUUCCAAGGAGGUUUCCAGCUCCACACAGCUGAGGAGGUGCAGAAGGAGAGCCACCUCCUGGAGGAACUUGAGAAGCUCAGUCUGACUGGAACUCAGCCCUCUAAAGAGCGGCCUCACACCUCCAGGACCUUCACCCCACUGCUGGACAUACCUGUGGAUCAGUGUCUUGGAGAGUCCAGGGACCUCAAACCUCUGCCCGCAAGCCCCUCCCUCCCAAACUGGCUGCUGGCUCACAGGAGUGACUCCCGGACUCCUCUCAGAACCGACAUCGGCACCAUCCGCUCCGUCCACUUCGACGAGGUCUCCCUUCACUCCUCUUCAGACAAGAGCAGCUUGCAGUCUGACCGGACCAGACCCAGGUUCACAAAUGGACACCUAACAGGCAGUAAAAAUGGCGUGUUCACCCUUCAGAGUGCUCGGAACCGGACUCGACCACCACUGUCUCAAGUCUUUGAAACAGCAGGACACACCAACGGUCAUCAGAAGACUCCAGAGAACGGCUUGCAUGACCGGGAAGAGGAGUAUGAUCUGAAGACGGUCCACAUCUCAAAGACCAAACAGUCACUGGGCAUCAGCAUUUCGGGUGGGAUGGAGUCCAAGGUUCAGCCUGUGGUGAAGAUCGAGAAAAUCUUUCCGGGCGGAGCUGCCUCCACCUCUGAGGUUCUGAAGGCUGGAUUUGAGCUGGUGUCAGUGGAUGGGGUGUCUCUACAAGGCGUCACUCAUCAGCACGCCGUGGACGUUAUCCGAAAAGCCUUCAGUAACAAGGCCAAAGACCCCAUGGUGUUCGCUGUCAAAGUCCCCAGGAAGGCAUGAGAGACUUCUGUGAUCUAAAUCCACGACGAGCCAGGUGAAGGAGCGUUGAUGCCAUUCCACUUACAGACUGAUGCCUUACAUCACUUGUGCUCUCUAGAAGUUGUGCUAGUACUUCAUCACACUGACAUGAAUUCCGUGGAAGCUUUCUUUCGAAAGUCGGUUGGUGAAGGAUCAUU